UAAAUCAUCGACUAAUUUUCUUCACAACGUUUCUAGGGUCAGAAGACCUUUGGGCUGGCAUAUAUUCUCCCCAACACGACUGGUUAAAGUGCGUAAAUGAGAGCUGCCAUCGUUACAUAUACAACAUCCAGGGCAUGCCCUUGAGUUUCUAUGAGUGGAAUGUACCGAUCAUGGCUGAUACUUCAUCAAUGUGUCUCAAGUUGAGUCCGAAUGGAUCCAUAUCGAGCCAAGAUUGCGGCCAGCCUCUUCAAGCUGUGUGUGAACUGGAUUGCUCUCCUCGAGAUGAGUGCGUCAAUCCGAAUUCUGCCAUGUUUUUACAACAUGGUCGAUGGAAUGUAAAUUUCCCAGAUAGUAAUGGAACCACCAAAUCAUUUGAAGAAGCCAACACCCACUGUCAAAGUUUGAACGCAAAUUUGGUCGUUGUCAAGUCAUUGCGGGAUAAUUGGGGUCUAAACCAACUCUCCAAAAAGCAAGGGGGGCUCAAACAUGAAGCUUAUAUCGGAUUGGAUCCAAGUACAUUGACUCAAGCUUGCUCCCCUUGGGAUGGCUGUCGUGGUUUGAAAUGGUUGGAUGGGACUCCUUAUGAGAAGAAUGCCGUUCACUGGGUUUUGACAACCAAUGGGUCGGCCUCAGUCGGUUGCUUUGUCAUGAAACACUUCCAAGACUCCAAUGGCGACAACUAUCAAAUAAUAGGCGUGAAUGAUUGUGAUCAAAGACGAGCUUACUCAUGUGUAAGCCAAUGUUCCAGAACAAGAUGCCCCAUGCCACGAACGUUGAGGAAUGCGUCGAAUAACUGGACGUUCCAUAUCCACCAUGAAAACGAUGUGGUUGUGUAAGUCUCUUUUUGUGACGGUAUGCGCUACCAUGGUUCAAACUAGUGCUGGGGCGAGGCCGGCAAAAG